AUGCCACGUAAGCUACGUAAGAAUAUACGUAAGAGGAAGAGAGCAUUGAAACAUCCAAUAGUAAAACUGACACCACAACAACAGUUGCAACAACAAAUGAUGAAUGACCCCACUAUGUUGCAACAAAUGUCAAGCAACCCUAUGCUUUUAAACCGAGUUAUUGGUGCACAGAGUGGAGGUUUAAGAGCGGCACUUUUAGCGAAAAUGGCAGGCUAUGGUGGAGCUGCAGACGGAACAGCUUAUAACCCUCAAAGUCAAAUGAAUUUGAGUUCACUCAAAAAUCAAAUAACAGAUGUCAAAAAGUCAAACAUAGACAUACAGAAACAAAUAAGUGAAAACGAAAAGAAACUAGAAUAUGACAGACACACAAAGAAACUCAAUGAGUUAAACGUAGAGAAAAAGAAGAAAGAAGAACAACUGAAAGAACUAAGUACAGAGGAAUAUGCGAAAAAAGUGUCAGAAAAAGCAGCAGAAGUAGCAAAAAUGGAACAAGAUGUCAUAAAUUUGAAAAACCAUACUACUCAAUAUAAAAUACUGAAAGAUGAAGAGAUAAAACAAAAAGCCCUGAAGACAUAUAUGGAUAGCGAUGAGUAUAAAAAAGAAGUUGAAGCAAAUGUAAAGGCAGAAAAACUUUUACAGUUGCAAAACCAAACCGUACAGUAUGAAAACUUAGCACAAGAAAGUAAAAAUAACGACGCGGCUAUGCAAAAGGCAAUGAAAAGCGCAGAAUAUAUAAAAGCUAACAAUGACUGGUUAGAUGCCCAAGCCAACGCUAAAGCAGCCCAACUCAUAGGGUCAAUAAGGACAAAAAUACAAGCGGAUGAAGAUAGUUCAAAUGAAGCUUUAACAAAUGCUGACUUUAAGAACGCUUUCGAAGCUCUUCAUAGUAAGGUGAAACAAGUGAACGACUUCUCA